AUGUAUCGGCGGAAGCGGAGAGGGAGAGGCAUCGGCGGAAGCAGAGAGGAAGGCAGCAAGUCGAGCGCCAUCGCCGUCGCCUUCGCCGUCGCGGACGGGAAGAGUCGCGCCGAGACCGGCGAAUGGGAGAGGCCGCGACGAGAGAGAAGGGGACGCGACGAGAGAGGAGGGGACGCGAUGAGAGAGGAGGGGACGAGACGAGAGAGGAGGGGACGCGACGAGAGAGGUGGGGACGCGACGAGAGAGGAGGGGUCGGAACGGGAGGGGACGAGAGGAGGGGCGUCGAGAGCAGAGGGGAUGGGAGGGCACACCCACAUCCCCCUUUCCCUUUCCCCAUCCCCCUUCCCUUCACAGCAUCCCCCUUUCCCUUUCCACCAUCCCCCGUCCCUUCUCAGCACCCCUCUUUCCCUUCCCCUCAUCCCUUCAUCCCCCUUUCCUUUUCCCCCAUCCCCCUUCCCAGCAUCCCCCUUUCCCUUUCCCCCAUCCCCAUUCCCAGCAUCCCCCUUUCCCUUUCCCCCAUCCCCCUUCCCAGCAUCCUCCUUUCCCUUUCCCCCAUCCCCCGUCCCUUCCCAGCACCCCCCUUUCCCUUCCCCUCAUCCCCUCAUCCCCCUUUCCCUUUCCCCCAUCCCCCUUCCCAGCAUCCCCCUUUCCCUUUCCCCCGCCCCCCUUCCCAGCAUCCCCCUUGCUCUUUCCCCCAUCUCCCAUUCCCUUCCCCGAACCCUCCUUUCCCUUCCCACAUCUCCAAUUCCCUUCCCACACCCCCUUUUCCUUUCCCCCAUCCCCCUUCCCUUCCCCGCAUCCCCCUUUCCCUUCCCAUGUCUCCACCUUUCGCUUUCCCCAUCCCCCAACCCUUCCCCGCAUCCUCCUUUCCCUUUCCCCAUCUUCCUUCCCUUACCCCAUCCCCCUUUCCUUCCCGCAUCCCCCUUUCCCUCCCUUCCCCCACCCCAAUUCUCUUUCCCCAUCCCCUUUCCCUUCCCCCAUCCCCCAAUUCUCUUCCCCCAUCCCCUUUCCCUUCCCGCACCCCCCUUUUCCUUCCCUCGUCCCCCUUUCCCUUUCCCCAUCCUCCUUCCCUUACCCCAUCCCCCUUCCCUGACGCGCACUCCCAUUUCCCUUCCCCUUCCCUUCCCCCUUUCCCUUUCCCCAUCCCCCAUCCCUUCCCCGUAUCCCCCUUUCCCCUCCCAUGUCUUCCCCUUUCGCUUUCCUCACCCCCCAUCGCUUCCCCACAUCCUCCUUUCCUUUUACCCAUCCUCCUUCCCUUACCCCAUCCCCAUUCCCUUCCCCCAUCCCCCUUCCCUUUCCUCAUCCCCCUUUGCUUCCCCCUCUGCUGUCACCUCCCUUCCCCCUCUGUUGUCACCUCCCUUCCCCCUCUGCUGUCACCUCCCUUCCCCCUCUGCUGUCACCUCUCAUCCCGUGCUACCAGCUCCUCCCAUCCAGCCAACACUUCGCCAACCCCUCCACAUUAUUGCCCCACCUUUCACAAACUAUUCCGCCAAACAAUCACUUCCUCCCUUCCUCCCAUGCCUAACCUCGCUUUCCUCCCAUGCUAACCUCGCUGUCCUCCCAUGCCUAACCUCGCUUUCCUCCCAUGCUAACCUCGCUUUCCUCCCAUGCUAA